AUGCGGACGCUUCGAGUCAUCGUUUCUAACUGCGUGCAGCUCGUACUGCGCAACGACAAACUACUCAUUUCGCCAUUAAAGCUUCUAUUUCUACUUUUCUCAUGGGUUAUCCCAUAUUUAAUUCUUGCAAAUUAUCUCGAAUCAUGUCUACUCCCGUUUCGCGCUCUGUGCUACACACAAAGCGAUCUUCUUUCGACGAAACCGAUUUCGCAGGAUUUCAAUACAUGCGUGUCCAAAUUCUACCCAAAUCGUCAAGUUGAUUCGGGAAACUGCCAUCUUGACAUUAUUCCUGAUGUUUUAAUCAAACCAAAGCUUCCAAAUUUGCCCAAGAGAAUUCUAGUCAUUCGUUCCGGUCCUGGUUCACUAGAUUAUCGAUCGUUCAUCAGAAAUACUUGGAAAUCACACGUGGAGUCAUUACUUCCUGUGAUAUUUGUUUGUGCAACUUCCAAAAAUGAUACCUUACAAAUUGAGGCAGAAAAAUACAAUGACAUUUUACAAUUCAAUUUUGAAGACUCGUAUCAUAAUUUGUCAUGGAAAAUGAUGGCUAUUUAUGGAUUUGUACUUGAGCAGCUACCAUCAGUUGAGCAGAUUGUAGUUACAAAUGAUGACACUAUUGUGAAUGUAACAGCACUAGAACAGGUUUUACAUUUUCACGAAGGCCCUGUAAUGCUUGGAAAGGUUUCUAGAGGAUAUCCAAGGAUAUUCCUUCCCUGGUUGACGUGGCAUGUCCCAUCGGAUAUGUAUCCACAUUUAUGCUAUCCGUUGUUUGUUCAGGGAUCUUCAUUUGUUCUUUCAAAAGAAGGAGCAAAACUUCUUGUCAAAAACGUAUGCAAGGUUCCUCUUAUUCAUUUAGACGACGUCUUCAUGGGUGUUCUUGCGAACUGUGCUGGUUUAAAAUUGAAACACAGCGAUGGAUUUGAUAAGCACAUAUUCGAAAACUUCGUCGUAUAUCAUUAUCAAUAUUCACGACAUUCAGCUGACUACCUUCAAUCUUUAUGGAAUACUUCCCAAUUGAAAUAUUUAGUCUAA